AUGACAACGCCAGUUGGAAAUACGACUAGGAGGAGCUCCGUGCGGAAACCCUCCUCGUGCUCGCACUCCUUGUGUGUUGUCAGCGUUCGCAGUGGCAGAAAGGAAGUGUAUCCCGGCCACCGUGCCUCUCGCCCACCGCUGGAUGUGGAGGACGAUAACGUGGAGAGCACCUCGCGUAGGAGCGAGGCGGACGACGCCCGGCGGUAUGCCGCGCAGUCCCCCCAGACGGAGGGCGGGCAGCGGGCGGAGGAAGGCGUGGACGCCGCGGAGGAGGAGGACGACGACGUCGACGACGAUGACGACGACGACGACGACGAGGAAGACGUAGACGACGACGAGGGCGAAGGCUGGUUUAGUCUCCCCAGCUCCGCCUCCGAGGAUCCCCGCCCGCUAGCGAUGCCGGGACCGCUGCGUAAUCGACGCACGCUGCUCCCGUCUCCGGAGCACGCGCCCACCUCCUUUUACCGUGGCUCUUACAACUCAGGGAGGGAAACCAGCGCAGCCGCGGCUGCUGCCACGACCCCGACGGUGGCGGCGGUGGCAGCUGCCGCCGCCGCGGGUACGACCGCUGGCGAGGUAGGAAGAGUCAAGGCGGAGUCCGUAUCGCCUUCGUUGGCUUCCGCCCCGAGGCAGCAUCCGCCACUUCAUCCCCGGCACUCCCAUCAAAGGCUGCGUCAGGCAGGGUUUGGCGAGCGGCAAUCUCGACGAGCAUCGCUUCAGAUGAAUCUCGGCAGCCGUAAGUCGGCAGAGUUGGAAAACUUACUUCCCCCGGCCACAAUGCGCAGCCUGUUGUCACUUUGCUACUCAUGUGGCACACACGACGCGGCGAUUGUGUGCCCACAGUUUUCCUCGGUCCCCCUGUCGCUGUAUACAGAGCGUCUCUUGCCCAUUCUAGCCCUCUACAGCCCACGUAGCCUGACGCGCGAGGACGUCUUGAUGGCGCUGCGCUUACUCAUUGGUCGUGCUGUUUCGACCUUUCACGAGACUGUGGAGGCCCUCCCGUGUGUUGGAGGUGGUGAAGACGUACAUCGGGUUGCGGCCAGGGCGGCGAUAAGUCGCGGGAACGCCCUUCGGAGUCUUGCGCUGAUCAAUAUUGGGCUCUUUCUCGCCGCUAUAGUCAGCUCCCAUGCUGAGAUGUUUCAGACGGCCUUUAUGCAGAAAGUUUACCCCAUCCUCUUCUGUGCGCUGCAGUACGACACACCGAGCUACUGCCCCGCCGCCUUUCCCGUCCUUGCCUUGCUGGUGCACAACAUUCCCGCGGGGUGCCUUGAGCGUUUCCAGCCUAUUGUGAAGCAGCUGACGGAGAUGGCCCUCUCCGCCCCCUUCACCACAGAGAUGACGGGCGUGGCUGCGAAGGUGUGCGACAUUUAUCCGGAGCUGCAGCCGAGGUGCCAAACCACCCUUCUGCAGCGCAUUGCUGAGGUCCUUACCGAGACUGGGUCCCGGCGGGACGCUCGGGCGGGUGGAGCCGAUGCAAGGCGCGACGGUAGACGAGCAAGGACGAGCCCGCUACUUGAAGCGUGUGACGACCCCACCACGUUUUUGGCCACAAGCUUUUUUAACUUGGAGGAAAAGAUUAUGUGUUUUCGGGUACUGCAGGGGUUUUGCAUGGAGUGGGAAGGCACCGCCUUCUUCUUCCUGGAGGUGUGCAUGCAGUACAUGUCGCACCGUCACGCGGCGCUGCGGCGGGAGUGCGUUCUCUCAUGCGUCAACCUGCUGCUCUCCGACUGCUUCCGAGCGCUGCCGCAGAAGGCAGGCAGAGGCGCGGCCGUGGGUGGACGCGUGAAGCGGGCAACAUGUAAGCCACGACAUUUAUUUGUGACCAGCCCCGACACGAAUACGGAUCAUGCCUCCACGCGCGCCGCCAGGCCGAUGCUGAACGCACGGACUGCGGGCGCGGGGGGCGAGUACAGGUCGACGCAAAUGGGGGGUCGUUUCUUGCGCCGGGGAAGCCUCACGGCCGCCGCCUCUGCCGCCAAUACGUCGACGACGACGACGAUGACGACGCCAACGACGACAGCGACGACGACGCGGACGAAGAGGAUGUCAGAAGCGACAACGGGUACGGUCAGCAACGCGGAAGCGAACGACGCCCAGGCGCCGGCGAUGGAGAGUGAGGUGGCCGUCACCUGCGACAGACACACGGGUCGUUCACACAUCAACACUUUGCGCGAGGUCCUGCACCGGCUCGUGGAGGUUGCCGUGUGCGAUCCAGAGGAGACCAUCCGCCACGUGGCCCUCAAGAACCUCACACCCGAGACAGACCAAUUCAUCUGCACGCACGUAGAGGUUGUGGAGCUUCUCUUUUACGCCUUCAACGACGAAUAUAUGCCUAACCGGGUGGAGGUGGUGCGACUUCUGCGCCGCCUGACGCAAUACGCCUUCUCCGGCAUCUACCCACGGCUGCGAAAAUUGUUUUUGCAGAUGCUGCACGACUUCCAGGAGUGCGUCUUUCUCUCCGCCUCUCACCAUGGGGGAACACCGUCCACGACGACGAAAAUCGACGCGGAGCAACUGCAACUGUUCUUUGAGCUGGCGCAGGCGGUCCCCUACUCCAUUCCGCUUCACUUGGACAGCCUCAUACGGCUGCUGCGGCAGGUACUGCUGCCGUGCCACGCAGCUGAGCGGGGUACGGUGAUUAUCGCCCUGCACAUGCUCUCGUACCUGAUGGAUGAAAGCACACGUGAGGAGUGGGAUAAGUUUGAGCCGCUGUUGGAGCUCCUUUCAGAACAGUUGCUGCUUCGCGACGGUGAUGCAGACCGCCUGCAUGCGGCCAUUAGGGCCCUGCAAAGGGUCAUUCAAUACUUUGUUGUUGCAAAGCCUUUUUACAACUCAAAUGGACUACAGACAAUUAUUGCUAGCCUGCAGUCACUGCUGUACCAAAAACCAUCGAUUGGUUCCGAGUUGUCUCUCUCGGUGCUGAAGCUGCUUGGCACCAUCAGCUCUAUUGAACCCUUUCACCAACAGGAGGAAAACCACGACACCACGCUGCUCCUUGGCCACCCAGAGUACAAGCACAGGUUACCAUUUGUUCUGCACGCCAAUCUAGAGGGCGUUUUGCCGGGCAAUGAAUCCUACAGCCAGAUAGAACUGCAGUUUACGGAACGGCUGUGGCCCGAUAUUAUCUUGCGUGUCCUCCUCCGCACCUUUUUUGAGGCUCUCGACGGUGUGCUUACCUUUACCAAUGAGGAGAUAGGGGCCUGCCUGCAGGCAACCGUGGCCAUCCUGCGCGAGGCAGGGACGUUGCAGAGCCUGGAGCAUUACCUGCCGUCGCUGUUGAGUGUGCUUACCGGGCUCUUUUCUCGGGAUGGGGCGGAUUCCCCGCUGCGCGUGUCAACCAUGGAGAACCUUGCGGAGCUGGUGCAUCUUUCUGGUCGCACCAUUGCACCCAUGUACGCCCUCCUGGUGGCCUUCCUUGAGCAGCACUGGGUCUCCUCCUGGUAUGCGCUUCCCAGCUGCUGCAAGCUACUCAUGGCACUCUGCAAUGUAGUUCCGGAUUUGGCGCAGGAGCACUGCGAAAAGUUCCUUUCGCUGCUGCUGGGCGAAUUAAUGCGACUGGUUGGGGAGAUGUCCCCGGCGCCUAGGGCCACCAACGCGCAGCAGCUGCGGAGUGAGGUCUCCACUCUCACCCGUGCCUCCGCGGUGGGGAUGCACGCCACUUCCGGCGUUAUACAUGAGGUGCUGAAGGCGAUGCACUCCCUCCUUCCCAUCGCGGACCAGUCAGCCAUACAGUCCGCCUGCCUGGCGCUUGCGCAGCUGUUGCCAAAUCCCGCAAGUACGUCAGGCCCGCUGGAGCUCGCGGGGGCGUGCGACGUACCGGCCUCUUCCUCCUCCUCCUUUGCCGCCCCUCCCACGACCUCGUUCGACACCGAGGUGAGCUACGUCAUUGCGCAGUUCUUGGUGGAAUUUUUGGACGACUGUGACGUGACGACCAAGGCGACGGCGGUUGUGGAGAGCGUCUUGCUGCAGCUCUGGCACUAUGCACAAGCCCACAAGGCAAUGCUGCAGUUGGUUGCGGGGACGCAGCGGAGCGAGCUAACGCGGGCGAGGCAACGCGAUCGACGGCAGGAAAAGGAAUGGCAUUGGCUGCGACGCGGCUCAUUCGCGCGACAGCAGGGCAACAAGCUUCCAGCGACGCCCGCCACGACGCGCAUGUUACUAGAGCAGGAGCUGCGACGCCGACGCGGGGACCAGACGAUGUGGUUCAACCGCUCUUCGCUUGCGCGUCUGCUGAUUACGCCGGAGGCCACGGCCGGGGAUGUCGCAGAAAAGUAUUCCUUUCCCUUCCCCUUCCAGGAGACAAUUACCUCGUGGGAGUCGCCGGUUGAACUGGACCUUCUCGCGUGUGUGUUUGUUGUGGCUGGUCGUUGCCGACUUCCUGCCGUCUCCUACGACCUCAUGAUUGGCGAGUACCUGCAGCAGCGCUUUGAUCCCGGCAGCCCGGUGGUGAAGUUCUUUCGCGCCGUCACAUCCCCGCACUACCGCCUCUCCCUUUUACCGUUGGGGGCUCAGCAACCACAAGCCCCACCAGCGCCACCGCCACCACAAAUGCAGCCAAAUCAGGAACAGGCGCGGGGCAGGCGGGCUGCGUCUAGUGCGUCAGGCCACGGGACUGCCGACGUUCCGAUUUCAGAGGCAAUGUCGCCGGGGUCGCUUGCGGAUAGGCCGUGCGGCGGCAACUUAUCUCUCAGGAGCAGAGAGGAGGAGCCACCGCACUCCACGCCUAUUCCAAUUCGUGCGCAGAAGCCGCCGCUAAAGAGCUCGCGCUCCUCGUCGGUCUCCUCGCUCCCGGUCGUGUCGUCGUCGUUGGCGACGCUGUCAAUCUCGGGCGUGGAGAGUGCGACACAGGUGCUGUUGGCGAGAGCGGUGACGCCGGAGUCGGGGCGCGGCAGUGGGAGAAGGGCCGCCUCCUCGGUUGGGCGUGGCAUCAGCGGCCUUUCGUGCGCGGACUCCGCCGCGGCUCCGGUGGUUUCGGUGGUUCCUGUUGGCGGCGGUGGCGGAAUCCACAGACAGUGGGGGAUGCAGCGCCAGCUGGACUUCUUUUCGAGCGAAAGCAACAGCGCCGCAAACAACAACAUUGGGGGGACGCUUCAUGUAGACGACGAAUGCCCGCUGGCUGUUGAGGGGGAGGAGAAAAGCAAGCGGCAGGAGGCCGCCACGGCGUAUGAUAGCGAUAACGACGAGGACGACAACGACAACGACGAGGGGAGCUAUGCGACGGAGGAGCAGCGCCUCUUUCUGCAGCAUGAGAAACUCUCCAGCAGCGAGUGGCGGCCGUGGUUUGAGCUCUUCUGCACCAUGCUUGUGGACAGUAGUGAUCACGUGUGUGUGAGCAUUUGCUCGACGCUCGUGCGACGACACUUCAGCAUUUUUGCCUCAGAUUUGAUGCCCAUCGCCUUCCUGUCGCACCUCACAAAGUACGACGACAGAGGCGUGCUGCGGUGGAUGCGGCUUAUCUGUGAAUUUGUGCGUCUGCAUGAAAAUUUACCGCAGACCAUUGCCGCCGAGAUGGCGCGGUUGGCGCACUACAUUCGUCUCUAUAGCCCCUCGCUCUUCUCCAGGCCUCUUGCGCGGGCGAUUGAGCAGACGUACAUCACACUGGACCUCGUCUCUGUGCUUGCCGAGCGUGCCCUCAACUCCCCACUUCUGUUGAUGUGCACCCUGCAGCAACUACUUGGCGGUUUCUCCUGGGAGGCGCUGGCACGUCUGACUAUGGCCGUGGGGGACGUGAACUACGAACACGACCUACGAUUGUUCUCACGAAAUCCGUUGCUGCGUCGAGCGGCGCAUCAGUUGCUGCAGGCCAGGCGACAAAAGUGUCGGACAGGCGUCGACCACGGUGGCGGCAAUCCCACCACGGAGAAACUCAGUUCCUUCACCGAUGCGCUUCCGUGGGAGACGCAGCAGGGCGCCCACGGUGGCGGUGAUGCCAUUUCGGCCGCAGCGACUGUCUCUGCACUGGGCACAGAAGGGAAUGCAGAGGACUGCACGCUGCCCACCAUCUUUCUUGAGUUGGGAUGGUUCGAGGCAGCACUAGGACAGUACCUGCGUUCUAUUUGGGCGACGCUGCGGGUGCUUGCUGUCGGCAGUGGCAGCGGCAGUGGCAGCGGCAGCGGCAGCGCGGUUCCCACGCAGUUGCCGAGUCCGCGGUUGUCUCUAAGUGACGUGGUGGGUGCGAUGCGCUGCUACAUGCGCGUGUAUGACUUUGAGAGUAUUAUAAAACUGUGGCAGAGGAUCAAAGAUGCCCCUUUCGCCCCUGAGGAGGGGGCGACGUCGACGCCGGCGGCGGCGGCGGAGGAGCAGCAGCAGGAGGAGUUUUUGCAGCGCAAAAUGCUAGGGACAACAUGGACGCCCACCGCGGGGGGGCCCAUCCUUCCGCACAUCACACGCUACGUUGUGUCGGCGGCGCGGGCGCUCGCUCGCUGGGAUCUUGUGGACGAGAUCCACUACAGCCGCUUCCUUGCCGACACCAGGGGCGAGCGCGACUGGUGCUCUCGCAGUUACGGAGGCCUUCCAUUUCACAAGCAGACGGAGAUCUUCCGUGCCGCCGCGCUGACGGCGGCAAAGGAGUACGAGCAGGCAAAGGGCAUACUCAGCGACCUGCGGACGGCGCUACGCGACGCCUACGCCGUCUUUCAUGCCGAGAACGCCCGACUGAGGUUUGAGCUGCACAUCAUGUUCCAGGAGAUCUCUGACCUCGAGGAGGGCAUAGACGCGGUGGAGCUGAAAACGGCACACGGGGACUCCACAAGCAAGGUUGUGGGCCCGGCUCCUUCUAUAGCGACCCUCGCGGGAACAAUCGCCCCUGCGGCGACGGCGACGACGAACCCGACCGCCGCAGCAGCAGCUGAGGCUGCUGGUGGCGCCGGCGGUGGUGGCACUACCGACAAUCGGAGGGAUAACUCCGCCACGGCUGCUGCUAAUGGUAGUGGUGGUGGUGGGGGACGUGAUGGUGUGGAGCCGCAGCAAAGUAGAUGGCGCGGAAAGGUUGCGUACACGGAGGCAACGCUGCGGCGUCUGAAGAACAUUGCCGGAAGACCGCUUCCUGCCCACAGUACCGUGGUGCAGCGGUUUGAGCUCAUUGCCCUGCGGAGUACGCUUGCGUCCCCCGACUGGCAGCUGCGGAACAUUCUGGAGCUCUCUGAGCAUAUUCUGCGCAAAGGUAUGCCCAAACGGGCUGCUAGCACGCUUGCUUACUUCUAUUCCCUUCCUCUCGAUAACACGGACACGCUAGAGGAGAGGAAGUACCGCGACACCCUAUUGCUGGAGAAGUAUCGUAUCGAGCUGCAGCAUUUGUUUCGCACGCGGGAUUUGGACUAUCUGCACAAUGAAAUCACCGAGGAGUUAAUGCUGAGGUGCCACACCGGGUUCAUGCAUACACCGCGUUCGAUGCGGGUACUGGACACCGGUGAGAUAGCCGUUGAUGCCUUUCUUGGCUCAGGGCCUGUGACGGAGAAGCAGGCGGAGUUGCUUUUGCUCCACAUUGAGUGUCAGCGUAAGUUAAAUACGGUGCAUCAGCAGCGACGGCGCUUUUCACUGGCGCCGUCACCCAAGCUGGUGCCUCACCCACACACACCUGCUGCCUCAUUGGGCGAGUUUGGAAUGACUUCACGGGCAUUCCUCAACUCCGCCUCCUCGCGCGAUGCCGCCCUGCUCGAUGGGGAGGAGGAUGAGUACAACCCCGCCUACGGCCUUCUGCGUGAGUACCGCAUUAUGGAGCACAUUAUUGGCUCCUCCAUCACCUUGGCGUCGGUGUGGCGGGAAUUUGGGCUCCUGUUAUUCGACGUUUGCAUGGCCAUCUACGCCGAGUGGGACGUCACGCGGGAGCCGGAGACGCUUGACAACUUCUGCGUGCAGUCCGAGAAGGCCAUCAGUGCGUUGCAGAAGUCGGUGCAAUUUUGGAGUAGUGCGACCUUCACCGCCAUCUCAGGCGUCGGCCCCUUCACGACGCACUCCGCACGUCGCGCUCGCCACGCGCGCUCCGCACUACCAGCGAUGCAUCUUCUGCUGAAGGCGCUUCACCUCGCACUUAAGCUGGAGGAGAUUGGCACGGAUGGCGUGGGCAUGGAGGAGAAAAAAAAUAACGCGACGGGCGCCUUGGACGCCGCGACCGCCCGACCCGCAUCGGGUUCGGCGGCGCCGGAGCGAAGUGAGGCGUGGGAUCGCGGCACAGGCAUCGCCCAUCUCGACUUCUCCCCCGCCAUGCACCUUCACUGGGGGUACGUCCUGCCUAUCCUCGUAAACGCCGCGGCGCGCCACCGCAAGCUCCGCGCCGCGGUGCGUGAGAUGUGCGCCCAGUCCCGCGUGAUGCUCUACCAGUGCGUGUUUCACCUCGUCUCCACCUUUGAGCAUAGCCACCCCUCCUUCCUCGCGCUGGAGGAGGCCAGCCGCGCGGAGGUGCUCCACUACGACGCGGCGUACCCGUGCAGCGGGCUCUGUUCACUUCCCUCCUCUGCCCCGCACGCGGCAACGGCGUCCACGCCAGCGACGUACCUCGCGGAGGAGGCGGUGGCUGAGGACGCCAUGGGGCGAACGGCCCCGCGCCGCCCCGGAGCCGCAUCCGCGGACUCCACACUCGACCUGCGGCAGCCGCGAAGACCGGGAGCCGCAGUUGGGCCGCUCUCUCUGCUGGGGAGCCCCAGCAACUGUGAGGAGGAGCGGCGGCUGCUGUCGUCUCCGCGCGACACCCGGAACCCUCAGCAACCCCAUCAGCCGCCGCCCCCAACUUGGCAUCCGCGUGACAUUUGCCCUUCUCAGCUGCUUCCGCAGCAGGAACGGCAUAAGCACCACCACCACCACUACCACCACCAGCAGCAGCAGCAGCAACAGCAGCAUACCCAUCAUCAUCAGCCGAAGCAGUGGCGCUCCGCCAUGCUUCUCAAGCUCGCAGAAAACGGGCCAGAGUACAAGUUGAUUAUUUCACAAACCUUGCAGCUUUGUGAGUUUUUGCGAAAUGGCAAGGAAAAGUUGCUUGCUCUGGGCGCGUGCACCUUGCCGAUGCCUACGUGGCUGCUUCAGCACCACAUGGUGGAGGUCGACGCAAACGCGCAGGAGUCGCAGAAGGGCCAAUCUGCGAAUAUGCGGAGUUUUCUCAACACUACCGACAACCACACGCAGACGGAGAGAGAACCCGGUCCUAGGAAUCACGAUGGCGCCAACGCCGCCGCCUCGUCCCCCGGUGCCACCAUUCAGGGAGGUGGCUGUAAAGCGUCACCGCGUGUUUUGCAUGUACGGAGAAAAGUUUAUUCCUUGUCGUCUGAACGUCGGCGUGAGGAGGUCUUUCUGUUUUUCCUUUCAGACGGGGCAGGGCUGCGUUUCCACAGUAUUGGAGUUGCGGAGGACACGGCCACGUUGGCUGUUUUCUCCCCAUCCCCCCUCACGGAGUGUCAUGAGGCACACCCGACUAUGAUGGACACUGCUGCUGCCAGCGCGAUGAUGCAUGCCGUGCCCACCUCAAGCUUCACUGCGCAUGGAGGAAGUGACAUCACAUCCUGCGGCGCACAACCGCACCCGGCUCUGGCGACGACCUGGAGUAACAGGACACCCUCGAUAGAGCUGGUAGAUCACACCGCCUUUAUUCGUCCGUUGGCCGCGAUGGAGAGUGCCGUGGGUUAUCUUUGCGGAAGUCUUCCCACGCGGUACAUGCGGACCCCGCUGGUGCUGCCGGUUGGCAUUCAGGAGUUCAUCACACAGUUGCCAGACCGUGUCGUCUCUUUCUCCAGUUGGCAGGUGACGCUGCCGCCGUCGUUGCAGUGCAGCUGCACCUCCUCCAUGCUGCGGCAACCGUCCUCGCUCUUCCACAUUGUGUCCGAGUACAACGCCCGGGACCCGGACGGGAGCGCGAUGCCGCCGGAAGGACCACAAGAUCAUCACCCGCAACAACAUCCUGAACGCGGGCGAGAGUGGGUUUCUGCGCGCAAAAGCAUUCAACGCGAAGGGACGCCCGCGUCGUCCGUACAGGAGGGAAAGAGACUGGAAAGCGUUGGGGCGGGAGCUGCCUCAAGAGCGCAUCGAAAUCGAAGAGAACUUCUCACGCGCUACGAGCGCCUUCUGGAAAUUGCGUUCGAUGAUGGCAAGCCUUGGCCGCUCUUCAGUUUCAUGCGCCGCGUGCUGUCCUCGAAAAAACUCUCCGAAUCGGAAUAUCCUCGAGCCGCCUCACAUUUGCUAACUCUGCUGGAGGGUGUGAAAGAGGCGUUGCAGCAGCACCUGCGCGAGGCGGAGGAGGUGCCGAAAAAGGCAGGAAAAGGGGAGCAGGAAAGGCGUCGGGCCUCUUCUUCCAAUGCGUGGAGUGACGAGCACCACCUGGGCGAGGGACGCAGCUCCGCUACCGCGUCUACGCGUAACAAGGGAUGGAAAACGGUGCAACUUCGCGCGGCGCCGCUAACUAAACUGCGCCUAGCCAUUCUCAAGGCAGAGGCCCCGCGGCACUCCCAACUGCUACUUCGGUCCUUUCAGGCGAUGUCGGCCGACGCCGCACAGUGGAUAGAUGCCGUACACCUCUACACCAGGGAGCUGGCGGAAUGGAGCAUGCUGCAGUAUCUGUUUGACGCGACGCAUCGGGAGAGCACCACGUUUUUUGUCGAGCUCGCCUCUGGGCAUGUGGCGUCGCUUCAUCUUGGCGUUCAUGCCCUUCAGCCUUUGCCACGGAGUUUGGCGGCGCAACCGCGUCCCGGCGCCUCCACAGUCGGCGGUAACGUGACGGAGGAGGAAGAGUUGGAGGGGGCUGCGCCGAACCAAUCCCCAUUUCCAUGCACAGAUCCGACUAUUUUUCGUCUCACGGGAUGCCUUGUAGGGGCGCUGCCGUUAAAAUGCCCCUAUAACGUCUUUCUUGGCGGGGCAACCCAGUGUCUCUACGCCACCCUGCGCUAUAGUCGUGAUCUUGCCGGCAUCGUGAAGUUUGGCCUGCAAGACAUGAAGUGCUUCGCGUGGCGGGGCGCCACGCUGGCGCAGUCUCUGCCGGGUGACGGCUUGGACACGGAUGCGGCAAUUCGCGGCGGCAUUGUGACGCUGUUGCCGGAGGUGCCCAGUCGAGAGUGUGUCCGAUGUAUGGCCCCAGCCGCGCUGCUGCAGCCGGCUGAGGCCUCCACGAGCGCCUCUAUCGUGGCGCCCUCGUUGGAGGAUGCCCUCAGCAGCCUUCCGGUGGAGGGGGCGACGCAGAUGGUGGCGUUGGACGCCACCACGGUGGAACUCGCCUCCGCUGCGCCGAGUCCGACGAAGGCGUCAGAAACGACCGCCCUCGUGCUCGGCAGCGAACUGGCACACGACGCUGUAGGGAAGCCUGCGGCAUCGGAAUCCCAUCGUGAGGAAGAGCGUAGACGUCUGCCUGCUGUGGCGGUUACGGCGAUGGAUGCCUCUGCCUCAGCCGCAGUGACGAGAACAACACCAACGGCAACGCUCUCCGCGUUGGACGGCGCGCAGAAAACGUCUUCUACAAUGAGUACAACAGCGCCUUGCACGUGGGGGUCGAGGGUGACGGCGCCGCAUCACGUUCCCCCACCGCCACGCCUCUUUGACGCCGCCUCCAUCCUUGUAAAACUCAUGGAUGACCGGCUGCCCAUGAUUGACGAGCCAGUCUGCACGGGCUUUACCGAACCCAAGUUGGGGGGCUCCGAUGACCUUAUUCAGCUUUACCACGGUGACGGCGGCACAAUGAACCAACGGGCUUUCUUCAUGGACGCCGCGAAGGCGCCUAUGCCGCCACUGAAAGCGGCAGAUGGGGCUGUGACGGAGCAGCAGCACCGUGCCGAGGCGGUGGAUACUGUUGAAGACAGGGUACAGCAACUCAUUCGCGCCGCCAUAAGCCAGGAUAACCUGUUAGGGACUCCAGCGUAUCCGCAUCGCUGGUGUCGUUGGUCUCCACAGUGGUAG